AUGUAUUCGGCAACUAAGCUUUCAGAUCUUGAACAAUGGCUUCAUUUAAACUCAUUUUGGAACACCGAUAUCCUUGAAAUCAAGAAGUCAGAGAAGUUUAAUGGACUCGGAGUAUUCCAACGCAAGUGCGAUGUAGAAGAUGAUGAUCGCUUAUUACUCAGAAUUCCGAAGAGUAACAUUCUUUCAGUCAAGAAUUCGUGUAUAGCUAAUCUCUUAGAAGAUUAUGUAGAAGAGCAGAUUCAACGUGAGCUAGUAAACAAUGGUGAAGAAAACGAAGAUGAUGAAGAAGACACAGAUGAUGCAAAAGAAGAAGAAGAUCGCGUUGACUUAUCCAUUGAGUUGCAUAGUUUGCUUUUAUGUUUCAUUUAUGAACACUCCAUGGGACCAAAAUCUCCGUGGUUUGAAUACAUAAAUAGUAUAGACUUGGAAAGCGGCGACUUACCGCUUUGCUUAUGGGACGAAGAAGAUAAGAAGUUGUUGCAAAAUACUGAAUGUGAUUUACUUCACAUGUUGGACAUUUCCGAGUUAGUAGAACUAUUUGCUGAGUGUAUUCGCUUUGCAAGAUCCAACUCUAGUUACAUAAGUAUUCCAUCAGUCUUAAAUUGGGAAGGUGAUGACUUCCAGCAUGAACUUGUAAAAAGCAGAAGCCAAUUGGAAAAGUUUGGAACAUUCUUGCAAGCAGUUUUAUCUAGAAGCUUUCCAAUAGAUGGAUUCCAUGGACUUUCAUUGGUUCCAGGAGCCGAUAUGUUCAACCAUAGUGAUCUUGCUGAUGUAAAGUUCGUAAGAGAUGAAGACGUAUGUGAUCAAUGUGGGGAAAGAGAUUGUGAACAUGACCAAGAAGACGUGCAGGAUGAAGAAGAAGACUUUGAAGAAAUAGAUGAAGAUGACGAAGUUGACGGUUUUGAUGAAGAGGAAAUUGAGGAGAUCUUGAAUAAUGACGAUGACAUAGAGAGCGAAGAAGGUGAAAAUAACAUAGAGUCAGAAAGCAUAGAAGUAGAUAAUUUGGCGAAGAAGAAUGAAGAUGUUGAAGAAGAAGCCAUGGCUCUGGAUGAGGAACUAGAAAGCUCGGAGGAUGAAUUUGAAUCCGAAACUGAAUUGGUUAGCUCAGAAGAUGAGACUGCCACUGAAACCGAAGAAGUUGACGAAGAUGAAGAGGGAGAAGAUGUAGUUGAAGAAAUAACUGCUGAGUAUAUCAAAAUAAUGGAGACGGAAUUGGAGGAAGAGGAAAACGAAGAUGAGGAAAGUAAUAGUGAAGGGACAGACGAUAACGAAUCAUUACUUGAACUUUCCGAAGAUGAAGAUGAAGCAGGAAGCGAAAGUGCAGAUGCAGAUGAACUUGGUAAACAAUUGGCUACAGAUCAAUGCUGCGAUAUAUUCUUACUUAAUUCAAAGAAUGGUGAAGAGUUGUAUAACUUUUACGGAGAAUUUUCUAAUCCGAUUUUGCUUCAGAGAUAUGGGUUCAUCGAAGAGGAAAAUAUCAGUGAUUCUUGCAUGCUUACCGUGCAGAUGUUUGCCUAUUUAAAGAAGAUAACGGGAAGAAAAGGUACUCAGCUCAAUAUAAAGCUUCAAUGGUAUGACGAAAUGGGAUUUGAACUAGUUAACGAUUUGUUAACUAUAGGAUUACAGUCCAGCGGACAUGAUCAUGAUCAUGAUCACGAACAUGAACACAACCACGACCACGAUCAUGAAGGUGAAGAUUGCGAGGAGAGUCAGUGUUGUGAUUCUGAUGAUGAAGAUACUGAACAGGAAGAGGAACCAAUUUCGUGGGAGCUUUCGCCAAAAGUCACUUUGGAUGGUUCACCGACACCCCAGACUUACGCUUUGCUCAGACUUAUACUUAUGCCUUUUAAUCUCUUUCAGGCUAAAUUCCUCCAUUGUCAGAGUGAGAGUAAACUAUGCAGAAGGAUUUUAAAGCUACUUCUACCAAAUUCAAUGCCAAUUUUACACCCUAGAGUGAAGAGGGAACAUGAGGAGGUUUUCAAAGUGUUCAAUUUAUGGUGUAAAAAUAGAUUAAACAGAUACAGCGAUGGGCUAUCAACUGGCGAUUACAACCACCUAUUACAAGAUUCUUCCCUUUCGAGCCAAAGAAGGACAAUUUUUAGAUUAUUGAAACUGGAAAAGGAAAUAUUAGCAAGAGGAUGUGUCUUCUCAGCAAAAGAUCACGAUGCUCAAUAUUCAGAAGAAUAA